AUGCCGUGCUGCAUCGUAUUCAUUUUGGACACGAGCGGCUCAAUGUCGACAAGAUCGCACUCAAACAUCACCUACUUUGAUCUGGCCAAAAAUUAUAUCGAAACAUUUAUAAAGGGUCGCGCGAAGAAUGACAUAAGAUUUGCGAGAGAUCCAGCUAUGGGAAGAGACGGAGACCGCUAUUAUCUUCUAACAACCACAGGAAAUUAUCCAAAAAACGUGAAAAGCUUCGGCGAGCGGAUGACAGGCUCGGUUCUAGACGAAGUCAAGAAGAUUCCAUAUCCAUCUGGAGCCCAUAAUCUACCAACCGCGAUUUUGGACGCGUUCCGAUUAAUGCAUACUUAUAGAACAAUGACGGGAAUUGACGGAUAUGGAAGUGGUCGAGCUCCGGGAAACACUGAAAACGUUCACAUUAUUCUGCUAACCGAUGGAACUGGUGUUCAGACGAUCCCAAAAGAUAUGAAAUUCCAAUUCGAUCCGCCCUUUUUAGGAAGCGAAAUGACGAGAGAGGCGUUCAGAUGGGAUCAGAAGUUUUUCUGUGUGGUAUUCCGAAUCCCUUCUACACCCUAUCGGCCCGUUCCUUCGCAACUUCUAGCCAUUGAUAUUGAUAUUCCGAAUAUUGAACGAUUGUGCUCGGCUACUGGAGGACGAAGUUUUUCGAUAGUUUCGGUCCGCCAGAUCAACACAUCUAUUGAUAUCAUGUUUCAAGCAAUGAACAAUCAUCGAAUUGGUGUUCGAUUCGACUGUUUGAGCACCUCGCUGACUGGAAAACAAUCCAAUGAAGACCUCGUGAAAUUGCGCGCCAAAUUCAAACGAGUUCUUGAGAAGCGGCCAGUGACGAACCUCAUUUCGCGAAUUACGCCGCAAGGACGACCGGUGGCGUGCCAUUGGCAAAUUCCUGAGAGCUUCUUCCCUUCAAAAUCAAUGGAAACGUUGCCUCCAAGACUCGCGCAUCCUUUAAUUUUACUUGGGACUGAAGCCGUUCCAAUCGCAAUACGCAAUGAUUUGCCAUUCGACAAAUUGGAAGUGGAGCCAGGCGGUGUACUGGAAAUCGUCAUGGAAAUGCUCGCCGGUAGAAAAGAUUAUGCAAUUCCGACUUUUAUGCAAAAUUCAAGCAAUGGCGGUGGAAAUGUGCCAUUUGGAUGCCUUCGACUCACCACGCUUGGUAAUGGAGUGAAUCUCAUAUUGAUGCCAUUUAAUUACCCCGUAUUUUAUCAAUUAGUCGAAGAACUGAAGGACCCUAUGAUUUUCACGAACCCGCAAUUUCGCGCGAAACUCGAUGCCUACCUCAUGUCUAUUCCGUUUUAUUGUCUUACGACCGUUCGUCAGGCGCUUGAAAAAUUCAAAGUGAAAGUCGAAGUGAGCAGCUCAAUGAGUAAUACUUACCCGCCGGCCCUUCUUAAUUAUUUGAAUAGAUUAAAAAUGAAGGGAAAAGAGGAAAUUGAAAACUAUGCGGUGGAGAGCAAAAUUUCUGAGCAACGAAAUUUGGCGUUUUACAACGGAAUGACAAGAAUUGAGCGGGUUACAACUCGAUCUGGCAUCAUUGGAUUGUCGAAAAUCGAUGGGAUCCAUGAAGACGAUGACGAUGAUUCGGGGCCGAAGUAUCUUGAAGAGUUUCAGAUUCCGCUCUACUUUCCCGAUGUCGAGCAAGCUCCGAAGGAUAUGGCAUUCCGAACGCCAUGGAGCUCGCCCAUUGAAGAUCUGACUCUGAAGCUUACUAAAAUGCAGGCCAACGUUGAUUUGAUGUUUGAUCCGAAUCGGAUCACACUUUUGGAUAUGGCGAGACCCGACGCGAAACCCAGUUUCCAUAUUUUAGAAGAAGCGCAUAAUCUGCCGCUCAAGAUCAUGGGAGAGUACGAGCCGUACCAGCAGGCGAGAAUUCGAGUCUACGGGGCGCCGUUUCGAAAAAUCGAAGAGGAGAAAGAGCGAACGCACGCGUUUGGAAAUCCGUAUAAACUACGAAGUUUGGGAACGGUCGACGAAGUCUCAAUGGAUAGCUCAAUCGUCGACAAUAAUAAGCGAGAAGGGAAACGCGAGAAUGAUGGCGGUCGAAUGGGCGGCGGACCGCCGAAACGAAAACGCGGGCCACUUGGACUUGACGCGUUCGAGAAGUGGAGGAUCCGAAGGAGCGCGAUUGGAUCGGAUGCAGGAUCGACGAUUGCGGAUUAUAGUUCGGAUCUUGAGACGCCGACGACUUCCAAUGGGAACGCAGAAGUUGACGAUAAUGAUGUUGAUGAGUUGACGGAGCUCAUGGAGUCACAGAGGAAGACUGAGCCCGAGGUGAACGGGAAGAAGCUCGAAAAUGGUAGGGUUCGAGGAAAUUCGAAGAAUGUGCUCAAGGAGCUCACUGGUGAAGAAAUAAUGUCGAAGAAGCUGUUAAUUAUGUCGAUUGUUCGGAGACCUGCGAAUCAUCAAGCUUUUGACGAGAUUGUUGGUAUCUUAAAUGGAUAUUCGAGGGAAUCUACGGAUAAAUUGAUACGAUUUGCCACCACAGAAUCUCAGAGAUAUAAAAUGAAAUGGUUGACGGAGAAGCUUGAAAAGCGUCUAGGGACCAAUUUGUGA